AUGGUCGGCUCUCUGUCUUUAUUCUCCGUCAAUGCCGUCCUUCUCAUGUCGGCUGACGAUGGCUCUCGCAUCUUCGCCAAGUACUACUCGCCGCCUCAUCCUCCAGCUGGUGCUGCCCCCCAUGCGAUGGAUUACCCUGGAGCCAAUCCCUACCCCACACUGAAAGACCAGAAGGCUUUUGAGCAGGGUCUUCUUGAGAAGACCAACAAGCAGACCAGCGAUGUUAUUCUCUACGACAACCGGGUUGUUGUUUUCAAGCUGGAGAGCGACGUGAUGAUCUACGUGGUGGGCGGCGCCGAGGAAAAUGAGGUCUUGCUUUAUAAUGUUGUUUUGUCCUUGAGGGACGCUCUGGGAAUCUUGUUCAAGGGUGCCACCGAUAAACGCACAAUCGUCGAGAACUACGACCUGGUUGCGCUCGCCAUCGACGAAAUCAUCGACGACGGAAUCAUCCUCGAGACGGACCCUGUUAUGGUUGCUUCGCGUGUCAGCCGUGCCCCUGCCCCAGAUGCGCCCAACCUAAAGAGUAUCGAUCUGUCGGAGCAAGGCCUGCUCAAUGCGUGGGAGCUGGGCAAGAGGCGCUUGGCCGAGGGUUUACGGCAGAUGUAG